AUGAAUAAUAUUAUAAAAACUUUUAAUAUUGGAGAUCGAAUAAAUAUUUUCAUUGCCCUUCUUCUUUUAACACUUUCACUAGCUUUUGCAUUAUCUUCUGUUUUUAGUGAUUUUUGGAUAUAUGCAGAUUCAUUAACAAGGAAUGGGACAAUUUCAGAAAAUAAUCAAAUUAACAGUGGUUUAUUUCAUGGUGUUAGACAAAUUGACUGGUCUUUUGGUCCUAAACGAAAUCAUUUCUCUGUUUUCGAUGAAAUAAGAAUUGGUGUAGCAUUUAUUGAUAAACAUAUUUGGUUUGGAAUUUUGUUGUCAACAGGACUAGGUCUUUUAUGGAAUUUAACAGGGAUUUUUGUUGCGUUAAGAAAUGCUACAUUAUAUAAUAAUGAUCCAAAAAAUGAAAGGACAGCAUUGGGGCCUUUAGGAAUUUGUCUUUGGUCUGUUUUAUCUGCUGUUGCAUACGGUUUUUGUGUAUUACUAUUUCAUUAUCAAUUUCUUACAAAAAUUCGUCAUAAUGUACUUUUACCUGAAGAGAAUGAUGCAGGAUUUUCUUCUGAAAAUUGCAUUCAGUAUGUUUUUUUAUAUAUAAAGUCGAAUCUCGAUAUAACAAUCGGCUCUCCCGAAAGUCAAGGGAGAUGA